AUGGAGGGAAGAACGAUUCUAAAGGAGACCAGAUUUAUUCACAGAUUGACCUUACUAACAAGAGUUAGGUCCCGACCUGGCCACCUUCCUUAUAUGAUCUUAGAAAUUUAG